UUCCAGCCCAACACAUCCACAUCAAUUCCUUGCAACUAAUUGCUGUGCCGAUGGCAAUGGUGUCAACUGCCACAAGCUAAGCAUUUUUGCCUUAAUUGAUUCACCAUUCAAAACCCACAACUACACAAGUUGUUUUUGUGAUCAAUGAGCUUUUUGAGUGUCAUGGAGAUCAAACCUAGCAUCAUCACUAUCUCACUUAUCUUCCUCAUCACCACACCUUGUUUUUCAAAAGGAGAAUUGGAUGUGUCGAAGAUGGAUUCAGGGGUUUAUGAUAUUGAUUAUAGAGGUCCAGAGACUCAUUCAUACAUUCCUCCACCAAAUCGAUCCCGGCACAAUCACAAGCCUUUUGUUCAUGAUGAAAGCACCAUGGCGUAUCGCAAAUCCAAAGGUUUCAGAGCUGGAAAUUAUGGAGGAAGUGAUAAGAAAAGUCAUGGAUGAAGAAGUUUUUGGGAAUGAAGUGUUUGUAUUACUUUGGUUGAAAUUAUAUUGUUACAGUUGAGUUGAUUUCCUUGUUUGAAUAUUAGUUUGUGUGGGGACUAAACAGGAAUGUAAUGAACAGUCCUCUCUCUAUGUAUUAUGUUCUGUUUAUGUACCAAUGUGUAAAUGAAGAUUUUGAUACUUGUUUGGACUUUAAAUUGUUGUAAUAUAAUUUAAUACAUUAUAUAAUUUGCACAA